AUGUCUUCUCUUACGCAAAAUGACAAGAAAAUAGGCUUAUUACAUUUUUGGAAGCAAGGCAUACGUUCUGUUCCAGAAUUAAGUAGAUUGACAGGCCUUCCCAUACGUACAACUCGUUACAACGUCAAUAAGGAGACUCAAGAAACGUUCAGGAACUUAGAUGCCAAAGACCUCACUCUCUGGGCUGUAUCUGUACCAAUAGGGGAUGGAACCGUGCAGAUUGACUUAGCCGAAGUUGAGAAACGCAGAGCCACCAACAGGUAUUUGUUUGAUAUUAUGCCAACGUUUAUCAUUUUGCUAACUUUAUCUCAAUUACCAUCUGUCUUUCAUUUUCCACUGUCAGACGUUCCGGCUCCUACUAUUAUUGAACGCCGAAACCUGAAUACACGUAAAAUUCAAGAUGCGGAUCCUCCGUCAAGUGCUUCCCAGCCAAAGAAACUUCGUAAGAUACAGGCGGGUGAGCUGCUUCUAUGUGCUCGUCCUGCUGAUUGUGUCGGCCCCCCAGUACAUAUGUACAAUGAGGUUUUUUCCAAGUUCUUAUUUGACUACAAUGACGAGGAUCUUGAAUCGUCUGCUAGACUCUGUCGAUGGACUAUAAAAUUUAUCCGUUCCAUGACAGACAUCUAUGGUGAUGAAGACGGGAGAGAAACUGCUUUUCAGGAUUUUAUUGGCAAACUUACGAACGAAUCACUUACAAAACAGUCCACAACUGACGGAUUUGGUAACGAUGGUAUGAUAGAAUGCCGAACGGCAAUUGGUGAGGCGCUUAUUGUCAACAUUGAGAUAAAAGAUGAAGUGGGUACAGGAAAUUGCGAUCCUUACAUACAGGGAAUUUUUUCAUAUUCUAAAUAUUGGGCACGUGAUAAGUAUGACAACUUUCGUGGUCGAAGCAACUGCCCAUCAUUUAUCAUUGCCAUGGCUGGGCCGUGGAUCUGCAUUGCAGGUGCCGUAUACCUUAAGAAACCUGUAAUUGCUCCUCUUACUGAUUAUAUAUCUUUAAUGGAAACUUACGAUACCAAUCAUAAGCAUCGGAUUGCACGACUCUUCCAGGCCUUCAGCAAUGGCAUUAACAAUUUAAAGGCAUUUUAUCAACAGAAUAUACCAGCUGCAUCAAGUAAUCUCGAGUUUUUGUAUCCAUUUCCUUGUCAAUAUGUCAAUGGACAAUCAACUGUAAGAUUUAGCUAUAUAGAACCUUUAAAACUAGACAGUGUGAAACACUGGAAGGCACGCAAUACUGAGGGGAAGGAUAUUGUCAUCAAGUUCACCCAGCGUUAUAACGAGGCGCUAUGUGCUAUGAAGAAUAUGGCACCUCAACUGUUAUACGUCGGUAAGGAGGUGUAUGGAUGGUGUAUGGUGGUAAUGGAGUAUGUUGAUGGGGUAACGCUUAGUCAAGCAAAUCUCACCCGGGAUGUUUAUCUGGAAGUCCUUGAAAAAGUCGAAGAAACCAUAAAGAUACUUCAUGAAAACAACAUCGUCUUCGGUGAUCUACGCCCUCCAAAUAUAAUGGUUCAGCAAAACGGCUUACGUUAA